GCUUCUAACAAUAUCCACCCACACCAAUGGCCUACAUAAAUACCGACCCUGUCCCCCCUGUUUUGGGUUCACUGUCUUUGUCGCUCUCAGCGUGAGCUCCGACCCAACCGUCCUCCUUUCUUUUAUCUCCCGGGAAGCCUUUCCUCUGGGGAAAAGAGGAGCCUGUCACCAUUCCUCUUGACAGCAUGUAAUCACCACCCUUCAGAGGUGUACCCAGCUGAAUUGAUUUGUUGGAACAAUUGCAAUGAAUCCAUCGGUUGAGAUUGAGGCACUCUAAGUGGGAUGCGCCGGUUUUCCCACGCCGGCUUUCCCACGCCGGCUUAUUCGAGGUGCAGCACGGCCACAAAACGCCUCACACACGCCCUAAAAGAAUCAAGUGGAGUAGCCAUCGUGAGGGACACACACAGCCACACAUUCUUGAGAGGGCUAAUCAGCCAAAGUGAAAACACCUGAGUGGCGUUUGAGCAGAGCAGACAUAGGAUGUCACGCAAAGAAAAAUAAUAAAUGUAAAGGCUGCAGCUAAUUUUUAAAGACAAUAAUGGGGGUUGCACCUUAGCCAGAAUUAGGGUAACAAUUAAGGCAGUACAGUAAAACAUAAUAAGUAAUAUUUAAAAUACAUCUUAUUUUAUUUUUCAUUGGCUCAUCUGCAACCUACAAUUUACGUAACUUUUAUAGCAGUCCCAAUAAAACCUGGUUAGCUGUCAGUCAUCUUAUUGUUCUUCUUUUCCAUUGUCGAAGUAAGGCUAAAUAAUAUAAUACGUAGGUUAUUAUCACAAACAUACUUCUGACAGUUCUACAGUAAAAAUUACAUCGUAGGAAUUGUAGAAUGUGGACAGGUCUGCAGUAUUUAGCCAGUUAAUUUAAUGUAGACUGCCUUCUGUAGAACGUAGUCAUUAUACUAUUAUUUCUGAAAUGAUUGAGUAUUGAUAAUACAGUGUAUAGAAAAAUGGGGAUCUUGUUUUCACGAUACCGUCAUGCGAGGCUCACAGUUCUUGCAGGGAGUUUUGUGAGUGGCUUUCCUCGACCCCCUGUGGUUUGAAUUAACUUCUCCAUGAAUGUCAUUCUCCAGCUCUUUCAUUUUCAUGGCCGCGGGCAUUGUGCUGCUCUUUAGAAGCCAGAUGCGAGCAAGAUGUUUGGCCUCGGCCAGUAGCCACAUCACAGAGCUGCAAUUUAUAGGUGUCCUCGACGGAAAGAAAGCGAGAGAAAAAGCGAGCAUUUUUGAUCGGGUCUACAUUUUUCUUCUUCUGAAUAGAUACUUUAACGCGCGUCACGUGACAGUAUCUCAGCAUCAUCAAACGAACGAGAAUAGCGUCACUCGUUGGAAAGAUGAAACCUCGAUUUGAGCAGGGACCGUUUCUUUUUAAUAUCCACUCCAGCUCAUCAAGGCAUCAAAAGAUUUACACUCUGGGCUCCAGAAGGGAACGUCAUGGAAGUCUGACUUUCAUCCAGCUUUUAAUAAAACAGCUCUUUUUGUUCAGCGGGGUGUAUGGUAUUAAUAUUAUCAUUAUAGGGGGCGGAACAGUGUUUGUACCAGACGGAGCACCUGGGCUCGUAAAACAGCCGCUUGUUCUUUGGCUGUCGAAUAACCAUUUACAGCAAUUACGCCACAUUUCUUUCAGUACGUUUAGGUAUCCAAUGAAUGGCCUUUGAGGCCUUGAGGGGCUUUCUUCGGCUUUUCAAAGAUACAGGCGACGAUGACUCGAGGUGGAGCAAUGAGAUUGGAUUUUGUGCCCUAUUGUGCUGUGGGUCCAUGAGUCUGAUGAUUUUUCUCCUCUAUAACUUUCUUUCAGUGAGAGACAUGGACAACUCUGUCACCCUGUGGCAGUUCCUUCUCCAGCUCCUAUUGGAUUCCGAUAAUGACCAGCUGAUCUGCUGGACCAAUGAGGAAGGGGAGUUCAAACUGCUGCAAGCCGAGGAGGUGGCCCGGCUGUGGGGGGCCCGCAAGAACAAGCCCAACAUGAACUACGACAAACUCAGCAGGGCUCUCCGAUACUACUACGACAAGAACAUCAUAAAGAAGGUGAGCGGUCAGAAGUUUGUCUAUCGCUUCGUGUCCUAUCCGGACAUCCUAAAAGGAGAGGCCCGAGCGGAGGGCGCGGACGUGGGCGCCGAGGGCCUCCCUCGCCUAUUAAAGAGGGGAGCCAGCACCCCGCAGGAGGGGGAGUCGGGGGACCGCAGCAGCACGGCGGCCCUGGGCUCCAGCAUCAAGCAGUCGAACCGCAACGACUACAUCCACUCCGGCCUGUACACCUCCUUCACCCUCAACUCGCUGCAGAAUGGACGCCAGCUCUUCAAGUCCAUCAAAAUAGAGAACCCGGCAGAGAAGUUGGCCGACAAGAGAGGUCUCGCCGCCGCCGCCGCCCGGAGCCGGGCGCAGUCGCCUCAGCCACAGCAGCCGGCUGCUUCGCCGUCCGUCAUCAAGUUUGGAAACGCCCCUCCGAAGCCAGCGCCGGCACAGUCCGCACAGGUCGCCAUGGAGACGGCCCUCGCGUCGCAUCACGUGGAGCACAUGCGAGCGCCACCCCCGAGGGCCGGGGACGUGCGCUCGCACUCCGUGCCGCCCCAGUCCGUCUACUCGUUCGAACACAUCCGCCCGGCGGAGCCGACGUUCGGCCUCCCGGACAUGAUCUCGAUCAGCCCGUCCCCGAGCCUCGCGCCCGACUCCUCCCAGGAGCUGAUGAUCGACGGCGACAUGGAGUCGGGGUCUUCUCAACCCCAGGCGCCAUAUCGCUCAGAUGCUCGGGCACAUGGGAAGGCGGACAGUGGCGCGGGUCUGUCCGGGAACGAGACCGGUUUCAUGCACGCUGAAACCAGUGCGUCGUCCCUGAGCUGCAGCGCCUUGUUCAACACUCAGAGCUCCGUGAAGUCACGCAAGCCGCCGAAAGUCCUGCAGAUCGGCCCGCCGAUGCUGCUGGUCACCGCCUCCGACUUCUCCCCCAUGAACCUCUGCAGCCCGUCUCUCCCGACUGCCUCCCUCACGCCAGCAAUGCUGCAGACGCCCACUCUGCUGCUGACUCCCAGCCCACUGCUGUCCAACAUCCACUUCUGGAGCACGCUCAGUCCGGUCGCUCCCCUCAGCCCAGCCACGCGGCGCCAGGGAGCCUACCUGUUCCAAUUCCCGUCGGUCCUCACCCCUCAGUUCCAGAUCCCGAUGUUCAGCAUGGAUGGGACCAACACGCCCGGCCCCAUCACCCCGGACCCUCAGAGGACAUAGGAGUGACCCAGGCAGCCAGACACCGUCGCCCAUCUCCUGCUGCCGCACGUCACGGACAAAUACGUGGGGGCUCAUUGCCAUUCCUCAGCGCUCUGGUGCUCUAAAGAAUCACUGCCACUGAAUUCACACUACAAUCAGAUGGGCGAAGAGGAGGAAUAGGAGGAGGAGGAGGAGAGAGGUGGUCUGGAAAGAAGUUGUCAGUCCAGUUUAGACAGACGACAGUAACCCAUUUGGUUUGUUUUUAGAACCUUUACACUCGGAUGUAUACCAUCCUACACACACUCACUCUCACAGACACACACACUGACUCCACAGCCCCUCAUGCACGUUUGGAUCCUCAAGUCACAAGUGACUCGAAAAGGAGGGGGGAAUCUCCAUGGCAACAGUCGCCGUGUGUGCAUUUGCCCCUCAGCAGCGACAAUCUGCUUCACACACAGACGGAGCAACAGUGUCGCUGCCAGAAAACAAAAACAUCCACGGUUCUGCUUCUGUUCCCUUUCCUCGCGCUCUCUCCUUAACCUUUACUCUCGUUGAAGGUGAGGUGCUUUGACCUGAUAAUAUGCAUGUUUACCUGCAACCUCUUUUAUCUUCUGCCCCGCCCUCGCCUCACCGGCCUCAGUGUGAAACGUUGGAUAGCGAUAGCCGGACCCAACAAGGACACCGAGACUUUCUUAUCGGGACAUGUGGCCAUAAUCUUGAUCCUUUAACCUUGCCUCUAUGUAACUGUUCGUGUGUAUGUAUGUGUAUAUAUAUAUAUAUAUACAUGUGUGUGUGUGUAUGUAUGUGUGUGUGUGUGUAUAUAUAUAUAUGUGUAUGUGUGUUUGUGUAUAUAUAUAUAUAUGUGUGUGUGUGUAUGUAUGUGUAUAUGUGUGUGUGUAUGUGUAUAUGUAUAUAUAUAUAUGUGUGUGUGUGUGUGUGUAUAUAUACACACACAUACAGUACAGUAUAUUAGGGCUGCAACUAACGAUUAUUUUAAUAAUCGAUUAUUCUGUUGAUUAAUCGGAUAAAAAACACAACCCGUGGGCGCACACAGCUCGGCGAAUGUCACCGACUCCGUCUGGACGACUUCCGCUUCCAGCGCCACUCGAGCAGCGGCAGCCGGUCAGAUCCACCAACGGUGGAGCGGCUCGGCGCUGGUCGGCUUUCGCGACGCAGCGUUCUGGUCUUUCCUCUCCGCUCUGCUCCGCGCACAACUCAACUAUUUUAAUACUCAAACAUGUCCGCGACUUAUCGAUUGGCGUGAUAAUCGCGCGACACAACAAAUCGAUGAUGAAUUUCAUUAUCGAUUUGUUGUGUUCGCCAACUAUUUUAAUAAUCGAUUUUUAUUGAUUUUAUCGAUUCGUUAUUUCAGCCCUACAGUGUAUAUGUAUAUAUAUAUAUAUAUAUAUAUACAUAUACACAGUUGAAUAGCCCUAAAAGCCAGUGCGGCCUGGUUUUCCUCCAGCCAAUAAGCUUUCAGGUGACAACAAGAGAAAGCGAAGCCAUACCCUUCUCUCUGUGCAGAUCGGCUCUGCAAGCUUACAGCACACACAUCCUGUAUUUCUUACUUCUCUGUUGUUGACUUUUUCUUUUUUCUUUAAAAAACAAAAAUCAGACUCGAUUGUUAACGGCAGCUGUGCUCGAAUACUUCUCGGCUGGUGAGCGGUGACUUCCUGGAGAUUUUUCCGCUGGUUGCUCGCCAAAAAGCUCUUUGUCAAAAAGUAGUUCCCGCACACCUAAAAAACAACAAUGUGUUUAAAAAAAACACUAUUACGCAAUUUUAACACGUUAAUCAGUAAGUUUAAGAGUUUUUUUUUAAGGUGGAGCCAGGUUAGCUGUUCUCAACUUUGCUAAGUUAAGCUACGCCGCAAACAUACCAUCAUCGUGAUUUCGAAGAUACCACGAGAGCGGUAUCGAUCAUUCUCAAUGUGUUUCCUAUCAUGGCGACCGUGAAACCUUGUUGAUUGUCCUCAGCUCUGUUUUCUUUGUUCUAAUUUAAUGGGCUCUGAUAAUAUGUUGCUUCUUAUUCUUUAAAAAAAAAAGAAAAUAUCUCAGAUGGAACCUCCAAAUCUACGAGGCUAAACUCUCGACAGUCUAGCCUCAACCUUUGCCAAGCCUUCGCCAACCUUUAACCCGAGGACUGUAUAUAAAAAAAGGAUUCUAAGCACCUUCCUUGCCCUAAAAGCCCUCUCGAUGAUUAGCCAUGAAAGGUGCACGCCUGUUUUACAAAUGACGUUUUGAAGCCAUAAGUCUUGAGACACGGACUCGAAGACGCAGACGCCACAUUUCUAUUUCAUUAACGUGGCAACUUGCACUUGUUUACACAACGCUUGGAGAGAGCACGCGUAAGUGUUUCUUUACCCAAGUGUCCCUUUCUAACCCAGGGAUGGAUGACCAGCGAACCGGGUAGGUCUCGCGCUCAACGAACACCCCCCCCCCCCUUCUCAGCCUACAGUCCGUCACAUUGAUAUACGGUGCCUUACCACAGCUGAGCCCAAGUUUAGCCUCCCAAAUGUGGGCGGAGUUCUAUCCUUUCACACAGCACACACUCGCAUCUCCUGAUUGUCUUUACGCCAUAUAUCUUUGACCAAACGAGAGCCCCAGAAAGUUCGGGGCGAUUUAUUUUUGGCGGCUCAUCGACGUGCCGACCGGACCUUUUGAUGCGCUGCAGUGUUUUUGUUGUUGUUUUUUGAACAAUAUUUGCAUAAAUGUACAUCCAGACCCACGGCUCAGGUUGCGGAGCGGCGUGCACACCCGGUCAGGCCGUGUUCUCCAGAGUCGGCCGCCAACGUAUCUUUCCAAACUGCUUCUAAGUGUUUGUGAUUGCGCAUUUCCUCAAAGUAUAUAAGUAGAGAUAUAAAAACCUGUUAAUUAUUUGUAUGUAAUCUGUCAUUGUUUUCCCCGUAACGCCAGUAGAACGAUGAGAUUGUUUUCUAUUUUUGUAACGGCCAGAUCGUUAAGACGUCUGCUACUUCGGGGUUCUCUCUGUGCAUGUGUGGGCGUGUCCUCGUGUCGUCGCCCUCUGGUGUGUUUGGGAGGCGGCUGCCCCGCCCCGCGCUGGCAUUGGCUAUUUGUGUGGGGGGCGGGGAAUCAAAGCCUUCCGGGGGAGAAAUCUAAAUCUAUGUUUUCUAUGUAAAGUGUUUUGAUAGUGUCAAUAUUGUACAUGCAAAUGUCGUGAUGGAACGUUUGCACUUAAGACUUAGGGGGUUCCUGUAAGUAUUGGAUUCUGUCGCUUUUCUACGACUCUGGUUUCCUCUUUUGAUGAAAGGCGUGCUUUACUAAGACGUGUGAUUUCCCAAAGGGAGGAUACAAUUAUGCACUUCGUAUUUUAUACAGUAAAUCUGACCUUUUACAAUAUAUAUAUAGCCAACGAUUUACAAGGAUUUGUGAUUGGGCACGACCACAAAAUAUUUAUGUUUUUGAAUUUAUACGGAAGUCCAAUAGAAUUGGCAGCUUAUAUUGCAUUUUUGCAGAAACUUUGAUGAAACACUAUAAAAUAGCUAAUGAUAAUAGCUAAUAACAACCCCAAAGCCCACUUAAAACGUCCCUCCAGUAAGUCUUGUUAUUAGCAUAUUUCUUAAUUUGUACCUUCUGAUGAUGUUUUCCCUUCAACUUACCCCCUGAAAUGUACAAAUGUCUCCUUUGAAAAAGAAAGAUCUUGCUUUGUCCUGUCCAGUUUUCUAUUUGAUGCGUUUUAAGAUGUUUACAAGCUACUUGUCUUAAGUGGCAUAUUGAUGUUUGAGAGGUGUAGAGGAAUUGUUUAUCAUGGAAGAGAUGGGUGAAACCAAUAAAAGAUCUCUUCACUAA